CGUGGAUUCAUUCAUAACAAAGCACAGCACUUUCGGUUGUGUGUUGUAAGGUGUGUUGACAAGGUGUUUUUCCUAAGGUGGCAGUAAGUAGAUUCGCUUAACACAAUGAUCCGGAGAACCAAACCUCGGGGAAAUGAAGAGGGCAAGGAAACAAAAAAGGAUCCAGUUCUUAAGUUUUCAGACACACAGCUAAUUGCAUCUGGUGCAGCCAGCCACCGAAAUGUAUUUAGUGCUCUUGCAGACACUUCGGUUGAAAUGAUUGACGUUGAUAUUGGGGGAGAUCAUAGUGGCGAGGAUAUUGAAAUGGGAGAGGAGCCCAACAAUAGCCAAAUGGAGAAAUCCACUGAUGUCAAUCCAGUCUUUCGAGAAUUAGCAGUCAUCAAUGGAAAGAUUAAUCGCAUGAGCAACGAUGAACUGAGACAGAAACUCCGAUCCCUCAGACUUGACCAGAGAGGAAACAGAGAGGUCCGAAAGAAUAGGCUGAAAUCGUAUUACAGAACGGAGAAGUUGGAGGAAGCGUACAAGAAAGACCCUAAAAUUGAGCUGUACAAAUACUUUGACUAUUACCUGGUCAUCGAUUUUGAAGCCACAUGUGAUGCGGGAAAUUCACAGACUUACAGACAUGAGAUCAUAGAAUUUCCUGCAAUGCUUGUAGAUACCAGUCAGAGCAAAAUAAUUGCGGAAUUCCACUCAUAUGUACGGCCAGUCAUCAAUCCCAAACUUACUGAAUUUUGCACAUGCCUAACUGGAAUAACCCAAGAACUUGUGAAUUUUGCACCAGAGUUCCCUGAAGUCCUAAAGAAGUUUGAGGAAUGGUUGAAAGAGCACAACCUACUGCAAAAGUCAGGCAGAUUUGCAGUGGUGACUGAUGGACCCUGGGACAUGGGGAGGUUUAUGUAUCUACAGUGCAAGACUUCUAAUUUGCCAUUUCCUAAAUGGUGCCGACAGUGGAUCAAUAUCAGGAAAACCUAUAGCAAUUUUUAUAACUCCAAAAGAGUAAGGAUAUGCCUGAAGGACAUGUUAAGUACAUUGGGAAUGAGAUUUGAAGGCAAACCUCACUGUGGCCGUGAUGAUGCGUAUAAUAUUGCUCGUAUUGCUAUGCGACUUUUGAGAGAUGGGGCCAACAUGAGACUGAAUGAAGAAAUUUCUAUGAGUGAAAGAUACAGUGAUAUACCAGGAAUGACCAUGGUGAGGAACAUAACUCGGCAAAGCUUCUUGGCAAGGAGAAGUCCAAAGAAAACCAACGGAAAUAAAAUGAACAUAAAAGAAGAUAAUGAAAAUGAAGAUUCACAAAUGAUUACUGACAAUGAAAUUUCAAAGGAGUUGAGACCUGCCACGGAAAUUGACCACAGGAAUGAAGACGAAUUUCCCGAUUUACUGAAAAGCAACACCUAACAGUUCUCCCUUAUUUCCUCAAAGGUGUAUGCAUUUCAGCCAUUUUGCAGGUGGUAAAAGUGGACUGCUCUUCAUGGAAUAUAUAUUUUUGAUAUCAGUGCUUUCAGUUUUAAAUCAUACGUUGACAAUUAUAGCAAUUUUGGGUAUUACGUGAUGCAACCUGAGUAUAUAAUAUCACUUGAACUUUACUCCCCUCUUCAUUUUUUAUUUACAAAGGUAAUAUUUUGUUAAAUAUCUCUGUUAAUCUAUUUAUUCAAAUGGACAAAGUUUAUAAUAAUAUAUGGUUAGCCACUAAAAUUAAUGUAUUAAGAAUUUAGCAGUAAAUUUUUGUUAUACA